CCAGUCAGCUGGGUUGAUUAGUCCAAUGGGAGCUAGCGCUGGCUUAGAAAGCUGCAUGCAAACACAUGAAAAUAACUAGAUGAUAUCUCACUUGGUUAUGACUGUUCAGUGACAUUCAGCUGUGCUGUAGGAGCCUCCAUUUCAGCACAAAAGGUGUAAUGGCAAGCAGCUGGAAUACAUACUCACAAACCAACACGAUAAAGAGGAAUCGGGACCUUGCUGAUAACUGAAGAUUUGAUGAUUCAUUUCUAAGCCUUGAUGUUUAACUGAUCUGCUCCACUCAUUGGACUAUUAAAGGACAAGCUUAGAUGGACUCCAACCAUCACAGAUCUGCAGAAACCUUCAUCUUUCAUAAAAACCUCAAAGUCCUGUCUGACAUGGGUCUGGCCCUGUGCAGACAGUCUCACAGCCACACGGCCAAAGUGGUUCUAGUGGGCCUGGACGGGGCGGGGAAGUCCACCCUCCUCCACCGCCUUCUUAGGGGCGAGCUGGCGCACACCACCCCCACCGUAGGCUUCAACGUGGGCUCGCUGGAGCUGGACUCUGGCCUGGAGCUGACCGUGUGGGACAUAGGGGGCCAGGGGGGCAUGCGCGCCCAGUGGGGAGACCACAUGGAGGAAUGCGAUGCCCUGCUGUUUAUGGUGGACGGGGUAGACCGGGUACGGAUCGGGGAGGCAAGGGCGGCGUUGGGGAGAGUGCUGGGGGAUGAGAGGGUGAGGGGGGUCCCCCUAAUGGUGCUGGUUAAUAAGAUGGACCUAACAGAGGCCAUGGGGCUCCAGGAGGUGACGGGCGGGCUGGGGCUGGAGCAGUGCUGGGAUAGAGACUGGGAGGUGCAGGGGUGCAGCGCUCACAAUGGCCUGGGGCUCCAAGAGGCCCUGGACUCUUUGGCCACACUCAUCAGAAAGCGCUGAGGGAGAACUCAGACACACACAAGGAUAUAUGGAAACUUUGGCAAAUGCACAGAUCAAUGGACAAGGAAUGGGCUCUCAUAUACAAACAGGUAAAGAAUAGGCACACACACAUUUGGACAAAAGGGAACCUGUGAGGCUUUUCAUAAGCUAACUGUGCUCCUAUCACUAACUAGCCCCAUGUCUCACAGUAUGCAACAUGCCAGUAGGUUAUUUGAAUAUAGAAACAGUUGUGAUAUUCACUAUGAAGGAAACUAUUCAAUGGGACUUGAGAUUCACAGAUUGGAAUUAAAUGGCUACUUUUAUCACAAGGACAAAACCCCAAUGAGAUCAUCCACCUGUUUUUACACUUACUGUAACAAUGACAUGUAUUUUACAUGAAACUAAUCUCCCCACAGCAAUGUCACAAGUGCCACUCAUUUUUACAAUUGACAGAAGAUGCAGUAUCCUUCUACACCACAAGGUGGUCUCCUUAUUUAGCCACAGUCCUGCUGGUUAUAGUUUCUCCCUGGAAGUUAAAUCAAUGGUUGCUACUCCAGAUUGAAGUGUUGACACUACCAGACUGAAGGGAUUGGUGAUACACAGUUACAUUAAAAUAGAACCUUUAGUCGUAUAUUCAGUAAAGCUGAUUACUUUUUAUUGGUCUUAAGUAUUUGAGAGCAAAUGUGUCAGGUAUAUUUAUCCAGGUACCAUGUACAGCAACUCUAAAUCACAUACAUGAGAGCAUAGUCACUUUGUCCCUUCUUUAGGAAUAAGAAUCUCUCCCCAAUUUUUCCAGACAGACAAUACACCUUGAUGUUACUGUAUCAAUCAGAAAGCUUGCAGCAGUGAGGAUCCAAUGGCUAACAGCACAUUUAUUUUGGUUAGGAUCAGUAGUACAGAGAACAUGUCCUAAGGAUGAGAUGAGAGGAAGUGAUGUCAUAAUCAAAAUCCCCUGAUUGAUUAGCAGAAUGUGGCAUUGAUGAGUUUGUUUGUGGUGAGGUGAAUGUAGUGUCUUCAAAGUAUUUACACCCCUUGGAAUGUUCCACAUUUUGUUGUGUUACAGUCUGAAUAUAACAGAUUAAAAUGUUGAUUUUGUGACAUUGGCCUAGACACAAUACGCCAUAAUGUCGAAGUGGAAUUGUUUUGACAUUCUUACAAAUUCUUUCAAACCUAAAAGCUGAAAUGUCAAGUCAAUAAGUAUUCACACCCUUUGUUAUGGCGGAUCAUUGCACAACCAAAGAUAUAGGCGUCCUUCCUAACUCCGCUGCCGGAGAAGGACACCGCUCAGGGAUUUCACCAUGAGGGCA